AUCUGCUUGCAAGAUUGCAGCGUCUAUCAGGAAGUGAAGAAAACAACUGAAAAUAAUUAGUUGGACCAAAUUCCUUGUUUCGGUCCAUUUAAAGCAAUAAUUCGAUUGAAAACAUAACUGCGAACGGAUCUGGUAUUCAGAAUAAGAAACACAUUCGUGGUGAUGGAGUGUGCUGGGGCUUGGUAGGAGCUCUGUAGGACACAGCCAGCAUACGUACGUCAAGGUCAUGUGUCAGCCUGCAGCCUGAUGCCCACCCUCCCAUCACCCUCACCGGCCAUGGACGGGGAGAACUGCCUGCACCCAGAGGGGCCGCAGUUGGACAGCAGCAUUUUCGACGUUGCCACUUCCAAUAUGGAGAGUUAUAUGUAUCCCUCUGGUUCCUGGGGAUCAUUCUCACAGCAGUCUGGAGGCUACAGCGCACUCUGCCCUAUGCAAUCUGGAAACCAGCAAUACCACUUGAAUGCCCCCACGCCCGAUAUGCACAUGGACAUGUUCAGCCAUUUGGGGUUCCAUGACGAUUUCCCCUCCCUCAACCUCCCCAGGAACGGAGACUUCCCUCAGGACCUAUCCUGCAUCGAUGACCUCUCCAACUCUCUGUUCUCCUCUCCGGCCGACUCUCUGUCAGAGUACGCCGAUGCCCAGGUCUUCAUCCCCACAGACAACCUGGCCCACGUGCCCACGAUAUGGGACAUAAACACACCAGCACCGAGCCAGCUGGAGCUGAAUGCCAACAGGUUUCAGGGUUUGAGCAGUUUUGAGGAUAUCUCAGCCAUUAUCAGCACCCCACCUUUGGGAGGAUACCAGGCUCAGAGAACCCAGACUCCGGCAGAGGAGGAGGCAGAGGAGGAGGAGGAGGAGACUGAGGAGCUGGGACAUGUAGACACCUACGCCGACUACAAACCAUCCAAAUCCACCAUAGGGAUCUCCCACCCAGACAUAGUGGUGGAGACCAACACACUGUCCAGCGUCCCUCCUCCUGACAUCACCUACACUCUGUCCAUUCCUGACUCCACCAUCAACUGUGGCCUGCUCUCUGCCCUGCAGCUAGAGGCCGUCAUCUACGCAUGCCAGCAACACGAGGUAAUCCUGCAGAACAACCAGAGAGCAGGCUUCCUGAUAGGAGACGGGGCCGGAGUGGGUAAGGGCCGCACGGUGGCCGGCAUCAUCCUAGAGAAUUACCUAAAAGGAAGGAAGAAAGCAUUAUGGUUCAGUGUAUCCAAUGACCUGAAAUACGACGCAGAGAGAGAUCUCAAAGACAUAGAUGCUCCCACUAUUCCUGUGCAUGCCUUAAACAAAAUAAAGUAUGGCGACACAGCUACCUCAGAAGGAGUCCUGUUUGCGACAUACUCUGCGCUGAUCGGGGAGAGCCAAGCAGGGGGGCAGCACCGCACCAGACUCAAGCAGAUCCUGGACUGGUGCAAGCCUGGCUUUGAUGGAGUUAUUGUGUUUGACGAAUGCCACAAGGCCAAGAAUGCCACGUCCACCAAGAUGGGCAAGGCCGUGCUGGACCUGCAGCACAACCUGCCGCUGGCCAGGGUGGUUUACGCCAGUGCCACAGGUGCCUCUGAGCCAAAGAACAUGAUCUAUAUGAGCCGCCUGGGAAUCUGGGGUGAGGGCACGCCAUUCAAGACCUUCGAUGACUUCCUGCACGCCAUCGAGAAGAGGGGUGUGGGGGCCAUGGAGAUUGUUGCCAUGGACAUGAAGGUGAGUGGGAUGUACAUCGCCCGGCAGCUGAGCUUCUCAGGGGUGUCCUUCCGCAUCGAGGAGAUCGGCCUGGAUGACGACUUCAAACUGGUCUACAACAAAGCUGCCAAACUGUGGGCGGAGGCUCUGGCCGUGUUCAUGCGUGCGGCGGACGAGCUGUGUCUGGUCAGCAGGAAGUCCCUGUGGGGUCAGUUCUGGUCGUCCCACCAGCGCUUCUUCAAAUACCUCUGCAUCGCCGCCAAGGUUCGCUGCCUGGUGGAGCUGGCCAAGAAAGAGCUGGAAGCUGGCAAGUGCAUCGUGAUCGGUCUGCAGUCCACAGGAGAGGCCCGAACCAGAGAGGUCCUGGACGAGAACGAUGGGCACCUGGACAGAUUCGUAUCUGCAGCAGAGGGUGUGUUCAAAGCUCUGGUACAGAAACACUUUCCCUCAGAGAAGCAGAGGAGAGAGAAGGCACGUGGAAACAAGAGAAAACGUAAGCCCAGGGGACGGCAGCCCAAAUUCCCAAAGCACACCAUGGUGCAUCUGGGGGGCGUGAUCAACAUCAGUGACGACAGCAGCACGGACACGGACGGCAUGGACACCGACUCCAACUCCUCGCCAGACUCCCUGAUGGACAACAACGAUGACGUCAUCUUCGUCCAGCACACCAGCUGUCACACAGCCAGUAUAGAGAAGAUGAAGCAGGGCCUCCUGAUCAAGAUCGCUGACCUGGGAAAGGAACUACCUCUGAACACUCUGGACGAGCUCAUUGACAAGUUUGGAGGACCAGAGAAGGUCUCGGAGAUGACGGGUCGUAAGGGUCGCGUGGUGCGACGUCCUGACGGAAGCGUGCGCUACGAGUCGCGUGCGGAGCAGAGCCAUACCAUAGACCACAUCAACCUCAAGGAGAAGGACCGCUUCAUGUGCGGCGAGAAGCUGGUGGCCAUCAUCUCGGAGGCGGCCAGCUCGGGCAUCUCCCUGCAGGCAGACAAGCGGGUGAAGAACCAGCAUCGGAGGGUACACAUGACCCUAGAGCUGCCCUGGAGUGCAGACAGAGCCAUCCAGCAGUUUGGUCGUACCCAUCGCUCUAACCAGGUGACGGCUCCAGAGUACAUCUUCCUCAUCUCUGAGCUGGCCGGGGAAAGACGCUUCGCCUCCAUUGUGGCCAAGAGACUGGAGAGUCUGGGUGCAUUGACCCACGGUGACAGGAGAGCCACAGAGUCCAGAGACCUGAGCAAAUACAACUUCGAAAACAAGUAUGGUACCAAGGCUCUGGAUAAGAUCACCAAAGCCAUCCUGGGCCACAUCGAGAGCAAGGUGUCCCCUCCCAAAGGCUACCCUGGGGGUGAUGCCCUGUUCUUCAGAGACAUGAAGCAUGGCAUGAUGGAUGUGGGUAUCUUCUGCAAGGAGCCACGCUUUGGUCUCAGUACUGAGAAAGACUGCAGCAUCACCAAGUUCCUCAACAGGAUCCUGGGCCUGGAGGUCCACAAGCAGAACUCUCUGUUCCAGUACUUCACCGACAACUUUGACUACCUGAUCGAAAAGGACAAGAAGGAGGGCAAAUACGACAUGGGCAUCCUAGAUCUGGCCCCAGGUAACGAUGAGAUCUACGAGGAGAAGCAAGAGACCUUCAUGACAGUGGGAAACCCCCAGGACGGACAGGUUGUGCUCUACAAGAUCAGCGUGGACAGAGGGAUGCCGUGGGAGGAGGCCUAUGAGAAGGUCCAGAACCUCAACAGUCCUGACGAGGGUUUCUACCUCUCUCACAAGUUGCGGGGGAACCACCCGUGUGUGCUGUUGGCGGAGCAGGGCCGAGGGAGGAACCUUAUCGUCUACAAGCCCAACAUUGGCAAGCAGGCCCACCCAGAGAGCCUGGACAACCUCCAACUACGCUACCGCAAGGUGACCUCAAACCAAGCCAAGGACAGCUGGGAGAGCCAGUUCAACUUUUCCUUUGGGAAAUGUAGCCAUGCUAACUGGAACGGGAAGUGUAAGAAGAUCGAGGAGGGUCAGGAGUGUCUGCAGGGCAUGCGUCUGCGCCAGUACCACAUGCUGUGUGGUGCGCUGCUGCGCGUCUGGAAGCGCGUGGCCGACGUGGUUUCUGACAUCACCUGCUCCAGCAUCCUUCAGAUCGUACGCCUAAAAACCAAAAAUAGUAACAAGCAAGUCGGUAUCAAGAUCCCAGAGAACUGCGUGGCCCGAGUGCGUGAGGAACUUCUCAAAAUGGACGAGGAGGUGAAGAGGAGGCGCAAGGAGAAGGAGCAGCAGCGCGCCCAGGAGCAGCGGCUAGCCGAGGAGCGGCAGCUUCAGAACCAACACCUGCUGGCCAAGCUUUACAGCCAGACACAGACCCUGAACCAGAGCCUCAAGAACCAGAACUUGUCGCAGAGCCUCAGCCAGUGCCUCAAGACCCAGAGCCUGGCCCAGGCCAAGCCUCUACACGUCAAGCCUCUAUUCCAGCCCAAACCUUCACAGCUCAAACCCCAGCUCAGCCCAGUCAACCAGCUCCCCAGCAUGGCCAGCCUCACCUCCCACUUCUCCCACUAUCCCCACCACUUCCCCUCCCUGCCCCUCUUGCAACCCGCCCCCUCCUCCACCUCCAAGCCCCCUCGGACCGGGGAGGAGGUCUUAGACCUGACGGUGAGCCCCUCUCCCUCCCCAGACAGCACGGAAGGAGGCCUGGUCCUCGACUGCCUGACGGGGGGAUCCGUGGGGAGCUUUGGAGAGGACUUUGGCCUGGAGUCUCUGAUAUCGCUGAGCGCGCUCGCCGCCCAGAACACUGCACACAAACUGCAGCAACCUCUACAGCCACUGCCACCACUGACAAAGCCACAGCAGCUACAGUCGUCACAGCAGAUACAACCACAGCUACAGUUGUCACAGCAGAUACAACCACAGCUACAGUCGUCACAGCAGAUACAACCACAGCUACAGUCGUCACAGCAGAUACAACCACAGCUACAGUCGUCACAGCAGAUACAACCACAGCUACAGUCGUCACAGCAGAUACAACCACAGCUACAGUCGUCACAGCAGAUACAACCACAGCUACAGUCGUCACAGCAGAUACAACCACAGCUACAGCAGCGGUUGGACAGUCCGACUCUAAUCAACAGCGCCCAUCAGGACUACUAUGACAUCCUCAACCUGCUGGACGAUCCAGACCAUCUACCUUACUCUCUGUCCAGCCAGACAACUACUAACCCCUCCUCUUCCUCCAACACAGUGGCUCAAGUCUCGUCUGGCCUCCUCUCUUCCCCCUCUACCCCCUCCUCCUCUCUCUUCACCUCUUCGGCCCUGGCCCCCUCAGAACAGCAGCCACUCCCUCUGGCCAACGGCCACUGCAGCACGGACGCCCUCAUCAAUGUGCGCGAGGUACUGGACAACAUGCUACGGACCAGCGCAGACCGGCAGUCGGUUAUCCAUUACCGGCUGCAUGAAUGGGACUCUGUGUAACCACCUCAUCAGUGUGGCUGUCUGUGUCCUCUAGCUGCUGAGUGUGAACGCACCCCUCAUCCCCUCUCCCCUCAGGGCCUAGUCACAUCACUGCCUGUCCUGUGCCCUUCACCUCAACCCUCUCCAGGCACUGGAUCCACAGGCCAGGGUCACAUUCGCUAGACCAAAUGUGUUGUCCGUUCAGAGAUGGUGAACGUACGACUCCGGUGGAACUGGCCAGGUCCCUUCGCUGAGAGAGAGAGCAAAGGGGGCUCAAAUACAUAGUUUAUACACCAAGGCUUGACCCAAUGGAGAAACACAAUUGCAACAGGGUUUGAUUAUGUUUCUAUGAAUAUCAAAAGCUCAUGUGCUUUUAAAAAGAUCCAACCCGGCUGGAAUUGCUUUUUUUUUUAAUUGAGGAAUGUCAAAAUAUUUUUCUAGAACCACAGCUCUCCGUACUGGUUAAGUUAGGUUUCAUUGGUAACAUCGCUGGAUUCAAACUGCCUUUCAUGCACAUCUGUGUGCUUUUCUGCCUUGUCCUGUAAUUCGCUUCAUCGCCAUUGCAUCGACUGGAAGUAGACUAUCUUGCAAAGCUUGGUUUGUUAAAACCAAGGGCUCCACUCAAAAACAUCAAACUGGAAAAAUCGACAAUGUUUCAGUUUUGGCUCCAUCUCCCUCGUGUCCCUCUCUCUCUGCUGUUUCUACCAUCACUCGCUCCAGUGUCCCUCGUGUCCCCCUCUCUCUCUGCUGUUUCUACCAUCACUCGCUCCAGUGUCCCUCGUGUCCCUCUCUCUGCUGUUUCUACCAUCACUCGCUCCAGUGUCCCUCGUGUCCCCCUCUCUCUCUGCUGUUUCUACCAUCACUCGCUCCAGUGUCCCUCGUGUCCCUCUCUCUGCUGUUUCUACCAUCACUCGCUCCAGUGUCCCUCGUGUCCCCCUCUCUCUCUGCUGUUUCUACCAUCACUCGCUCCAGUGUCCCUCGUGUCCCUCUCUCUGCUGUUUCUACCAUCACUCGCUCCAGUGUCCCUCGUGUCCCUCUCUCUGCUGUUUCUACCAUCACUCGCUCCAGUGUCCCUCGUGUCCCCCUCUCUCUGCUGUUUGUACCAUCACUCGCUCCAGUGUCCCUCGUGUCCCCCUCUCUCUCUGCUGUUUCUACCAUCACUCGCUCCAGUGUCCCUCUCUCUCUGCUGUUUCUACCAUCACUCGCUCCAGUGUCCCUCGUGUCCCCCUCUCUCUGCUGUUUCUACCAUCACUCGCUCCAGUGUCCCUCGUGAAAACAAGAAGAGAAGGGGAAAAGAAAACAGUCAGCCGUUGUAACAGUGCCUUUGGAAACCUACUUAAAUGCAGUCUUUGAAACCCAUAUAGGCCUAAUGUAUAGAUUUGUACUCAAAGCAUUGGUAUGUUAAUUUAUUAUAUUUGUAUUUAACUUAACCCUCCUCGGCCCUCUGUUGGGUCUAUGCUGGUGGCAGGUGCCAGGGAUCGUCCCCACGAGCCCAGUAUGUGUAUGUCUGUCUGUGUGUGGACCCUAUAGCUGUCCCUUCAGCAGACUGUUCUGUGUGGAACCCUGCUUUCCCAGGCCAUGUUAUAGACAGAGAGCAGAGGUUAGAUGGGAUGGACACUGCUGAUUUGAUGUAAUUGGGUGGAUGGUUUAAAAUGGUGUCAAAUAUCCUUCUUUUACUCUACUCACCAUUCAUCCUACGAUGUGACUCCUGGGUUGCUUUUGAUUUGAAGUUCUCAGGAAAGUCUCGAGUGCAUUUGUUAUUUUGUUUUGUUUAACUUUCUGACCAAUAUUGAUAUGAAUAUUUGUUUUAGCAUAUAUAUAUAUAUAUAUAUAUAUAUAUACAUACAUAUAUACAUACAUAUAUACAUAC